AUGAACUUUGAAAUCGGAGGGAUUCAGACCUCGAUCCUAACAUAUCAAAAUCCCCGGAAAACAAACUGGGGAGCCUAUACGGUGGACCUGGAAACCUGUUUAGACCGCAUAGAUUUUGACAUCAGAGAUGCCAUAGACCUAGAGUUGGCAGCAGAUCGAUUACAGGAAGCUAUAAUCUCUACGUACAACGAACACUGUCCCAUAGUAAAUCAGAGAUCAAACCGGAAUGUGCCCUGGUGGAAUGAAUAUCUGGCGAGGAUGAGACAAAAAACUAGAAAAGCCUUCAAAUGUGCAAGGAAAUCAGGUUUUUGGGACCAAUACAGAAGGUCCCUAACUGAGUAUAAGAAAGUCCUGAGAAACUCCAAGAGAGAUACGUGGAGAAGGCAAUGUGAGGACGUCGAACAGACCCAAGCAUGUGCCAGGCUCUAUAAAAUAUUCUCGAAGGAACCCCAGGUCUCAAUAAAUAAUCUGAAAAUAAAUACGGGGGAGAAUACAAAAACCGGAGAAGAGACUAUCAGAGAGCUUUUCCGGGUACACUUUCCCAGGUCAGAAAUUACGAAUCUAACACUGGAGUCCUGGGCGAAUUCAGAACUGGAGACCCCGAAAAGGGUAUCCAGGGAGGACUGGCAAAUGUCGAAGAAGGUGAUAGAUAUGGAGAAAAUUAAAUGGGCUGUAAACUCAUUUCAACCCUAUAAGUCGCCGGGAUCUGAUGCCAUACAUUCA